AUGACCCCUGUCAAUGUUUAUUUAGGAGCACAGACAGCACAAAUAAAGAUCUUUCUCCCUUUUUCGAGUCUCAAAGGAUUUAUCCUUGUUAUCAUUGCUAUCAGCUUUAUCACUGUUUUCAUAUCAAAUUCCACAGUAUGGGCUGUAAGCGUGGCUGGUGCCAAAUCAUGCAAGAAGGAGGAGGCCAUUGAAGAUUUCAAAGACGGUGCUUUGAACCUAAGGAGGGAGGAGCUUGUCAAUGAUAACGAAUUGCUUCAGCGUUAUGUGGAUGAGGUGCUGGAUGGCUCUGAUGGCGCUGAUGGUGACAUACCCAAGUCAAGGACGUCGAACCACUCUAUUCCCACUACCACUGAUAAGCCAAUCCGCACUUCUCCUUACCGGUUAUCAUGGGAGGAACAAGAUCAUCUUCGUGGCGAAUUGGAUCGUUUGUUGGAGUUGGGUCUCAUCAAGCCUUCAGAUGGACAAUGGACUUCCCCAAUUUUGUUCGUGAAGAAGAAAGACGGCUCCUUACGGCUGUGUGUGGAUUACAGGAAGCUGAAUGAUAUCACCGUCAAGGAUGCGUUCCCGUUGCCAAACAUUGAUGAGCUGUUGGAUUCGGUUGGUGGUGCCCGGUAUUUCUCGACUCUAGACACUGCAUCUGGUUAUUGGCAAAUUCCGUUAGCUGCUGAUUCAAUUGCAAAGUCGGGUUUUACAACCAAAUGGGGUACUUACACUUGGCAGGCGAUGCCCUUUGGUCUUUGUUCAGCGCCCCAAACCUUCCAACGUGCCGUUACCAAUAUCCUAUCUCCAUACAUUGGCGACUUUGUGCAUGUGUUCAUUGAUGACAUUAUUGUAUGCAGCAAGGAUUUGGAUGAACAUGCUGUGCAUUUGGCGAAAGUGAUGGAGGCUUGUCAAGCGGCAAAUUUGAGACUGAAACGUUCCAAGUGCGUAUUUGGUCUUUCACAAGUGGAGUAUUUGGGACACGUUAUCACUGGAGAUGGAUUGCUGCCGAAUGAGAGAAACACCGAGAAGAUCAUGAAGAUGCCAACACCAAGGAAUGCAAAGGAGGUCAAGAUAUGGCUUGGGACGACUGGAUACUAUAGGCGGCACAUCAAGGGGUACGCACAAGUAGCAAGACCACUGACACGAUUACUCAAGCAGGAUGUGGCAUUCGUAUGGGGUAAGGAUGAGCAAUUAGCCUUUGACACUUUGAAGCAUGCGUUAAUCUCUCCCCCUGUACUUGCCUAUCCGGAUCGUAAUCAAGUGCAAAUCCUCACAACGGAUGCAUCGACUCAUGGUUUGGGAGCGGUAUUGUCACAGUCGCCAACGGGUGAUGCAAAGGAAGAACGCGUGAUUGCUUAUGCAUCUCGAUCCUUACGCGGCUCUGAAGGACGAUAUGCAGCAACACACUUGGAGGCGUUGGCAGUAGUCUGGGCUGUGGAAUACUUUAGACAUUACUUGAGUGGGCGUCGAUUCGUAUUGUAUACCGACCAUGCUGCUUUGCCAUUCAUCUUCCAACAAACAAGGCCAUCAGUGAAGCUGACACGUUGGGCGGCAAGCCUUAUGGAGUACAACUUUGUGGCUCGCUAUAGGCCUGGUCGUGCGAAUCCAGCAGACGCGUUGUCGAGAUUGCUACCGGUGGGUGAAGUUGACGAUGUCGAGGAGUUGGAAAAAGAGGAAGGUGAAGAGUUGGAAUGGGAAUGA